GUGUGUGUGAACGGAAAUAAAGCAAGCGAAGUUAAAUCAAACCAGCGCUUUAAGUUAAAACGCAACGAAAGAAAAUUGCGCGAGUUUUUGAACAAAUCAAUGUGGAAGAUCAUAUUGCGAAUAAAUUUCAACUAAAAGAAAUCGCGUAAAGGAAUCACCCAAAAACAAACAAUAAUUAACAAUUUACAAUAUAUAUAAAGACGGUAACGCGAACAGCAAAACAUUUGUGUGCAGUAAACGGGCGCGUAAACACAAGCAAAGAGAUAUAAUUAAAAAAAAUAUUAAGCAAACAUCAGCAAAAUGUGGAACCAAACACCAACGGAAAAGGCGGAACAACAAAACACAGCAACAAGUGAUAAUAACAAGGAAAGCAGCGCAGUCGCAGCUGCAGCCGAUUGUGGCUGUAGUGCAAGCAGCGUGGGUGGCAGCAGCGGCAAAAACAGUGUUGAAAAGCAGCUCGAUAACAAACAAACCUCUAUUGAAAAUAACAGUAAAACAACAAAAUCAAACAUAUUUGGCGGCAAAACCAACGACGACUACGACAAGCAACAAGCAGGCAACCCCGCCAUUAAUAAGCAAAAAGAAUUCUCAGCUCAAAGUGAAACGAGUGAUUCUGGUUUUCUCUCCGGUCCUCAAUCUUCACAUAUCUCCGACUAUAGCGAGGAGUUUAUUGAUAACAAGAGCAACAACGAUAACAAGGCCGACGAAGCGGUGGACCAAAAAAAGAAAGCAACAAGUGUUGAAGUUGUGACCGAUUCUGGUAUUAUUGAAGACUCUGAGGGUGCCAGCUCAAUGCUUUUGAAACAAAAUGUGGAUAUGGAGGCAGGUAUAUCACAAUGGACCGUACAAUCCACCCUAGCCAGUGGUCCCAUUAAUAAUUUAAAUGCAACUGACAAUGCUGGAUCAAAAAGGGGCAACAAUACUACUGCAAAACCACAACAACAACAACAAAACACAGCAGCUGGAAAUCCUGCAAUUUCGAAUGGCAUUAACAUAAUGAAUGCUUGGGAGCAAUUUUAUAAACAGAACGACGAUGGCGACACUCCACUGCACUUGGCCUGUAUGUCGAGCUAUGUGGAUUCAAAUGUCGUCACCGCUCUGAUACGCAUGGCACCGCAUCCUUGCCUGCUAAACAUUCAGAACGAUGCAGCACAGACGCCCCUGCAUUUAGCAGCACUCACACAUCAGCCGCACUUGUUGCGCAUGCUACUUAAAGCCGGCGCCGAGCCAACUGUGCGAGAUCGUCAUGGCAACACGGCUUUACAUUUAUCCUGCAUUGCCGGUGACAAGCAAUGCGUUCGGGCAUUGACCGAACAAUUUAGCGCAUCAGAAAUACAAGAAGCGCAUCGCAAUUAUGGACAUCGCUCACAGGAUAAAACUGUCUCAUCGCUUAACUAUGCACGCUUGCCAGCCGAUCUAGAGAUACGUAAUUAUGAUGGGGAGCGAUGCGUACACUUGGCCGCCCAAUCUGGUAAUAUUGAAAUCUUACGCACUUUGGUAUCACAUGGAGCUGAUAUCAAUGCGAGGGAGGGAAAAUCAGGACGCACUCCCCUACACAUUGCCAUCGAGGCCUGCAACGAGGAUUUGGCCAAUUUCCUGCUCGAUGAAUGUGAGAAAUUGAAUUUGGAAACAGCCACAUAUGCCGGCCUUACGGCCUAUCAAGUGGCAUGCAUACUUAACAAAUCGAGUAUGCAAAAUAAGCUGGAGGAGAAGGGCGCCGAAACAUUUGCACCGCCCGAUAGUGAUUAUGACAGUAGCGAUUAUGAAGAUCUAGACGAUUCGAAGCUGUACCGCCGCUUUAAUUGCUUUGUCAGCAAUCCCAUGCCAUGCGCUUGAAUGCAACGCGUACUCUUCAACUGUACAUACAACACAUUGCACUAAAAUAUAUAAAAUAUAUUCCAGCAGCAAGAACACCCAACUAGCAAAUAGAUUCCGAUUGCUGUUAGAUGGAUAUUGAUGCCUUGACACACACGUUCCAUAGACGAUUUCGAGAGAGAAAGGAAAACGGCGCAACGAUUAUCAAAUCAAAUGUACUUACACGAACGAUAAAUGAUAGAUAAAACUAACUGAUGUAUCCUGAUAAUGUUGUGUAACCUUAAGCCAAUCUAAGCUAAUGUAUUUAAAAGAGAAACCCCAACAAAUAAAGUUGCAGCAAAGCAAUUAUA